UUUGGCUUUGGAAGUUAUGGACCAGAACCUUAUGGGACCAGCUGCACCAUCAACUGGUAAUCUCAUCCUGCCCUACUACUGUUUACAUACACUAAAGUCUGCAGACAUCUAUGUUGUGCAUGUAUUCUUCAUGCAUUUGCUGACAAACAUGUAUGAGUUAAUGAGUUUGUCUGUAUCUUCAAGGUGGAGAAUGAGGUCGUCCCCAAAUGACAGAAUCUAUAUUUUCCUCAUCUUGAUAUUAUGCUUUGGAUUUCCCACCCUCACUAUCGUCACUUCAUAUUUGGCCAUCCUGCUGACGGUCUACAGAUCUAAUCGCACUCUGGCAUCUAUAUCGUCCUCCUCUGUCAGUCAUACAAGCAAAGAUCUGAGACUUGCAAAGAUGGCUGCUGUGAUAUGCUCCACCUUCCUCUUGGCCUGGAUGCCCUAUGCCACUGUGUCCCUGAUCUCUGCGCUCAUUCCCAGAGAUGACCAAGAAGGCACUUUUCAGACUGUGGUGGAGGAGUCCACUGGUCUGGCCUCAUACUCUCCAAAUGCUCCAAAUAUCCUGGACAUCCCCUCAAUGCUCAACUCGACUGCGACAGAAUACUACAGACAAAUCUAUUACAAUCAUGAGAACAAGUGGAGUGAAAUGAACAAUGACAGUUCAGCCUCCUUCGCCAGCCCGAGUGACUCUAUGUUCAGGAGCCCACAGCCGUCCUCCUCUCUCCCACCUUUAGUCACCUUGAUUCCUGCUAUCUUCGCCAAGUCCCACUGCAUGAUCAACCCUUUAAUCUACCAGAUCAUGAACAGGGAGUUCAGGCACAACAUAUAUGUGAUGAUAUUUGGCCAAGAGAUUGCAGAGAGGAGGCGAGUACGAGGGAGGAAGGAGAGCUCAAAUGAAAGUAAGAAAUAUGAGUAAACUUCUACUGUUUCUUUGAGUCUUUGUCAACACUAUGGACACUAGAGUCUCUCUUCUUUUCUUCUCUUUAAGGGUGCACCAGCCUCUAUUAUUGCCAGAGCUGGGGGAGGAAAAGGAGUGAAACCAUGUCCUCGUCCGUGGAGGAA